GUUACAUUACUAGAAGGAACAAAGUUCGAGGUCUAGCAGGCAUUGUCACAAGACUAUAAAGGACAUGACUAGAAGGGACGAUGUUGGAGAGCCUGACAGGCAUCACAUGAUUAGAAGGGACAAUGUUGGAGAGUCUGACAGGCAUCACAUGACUAGAAGGGACGAUGUUGUAGAGUCUGACAGUCGUCACGUGACUAGAAGGGACGAUGUUGUGGAGUCUGACAGGCGUCACGUGACUAGCAGGGGACGAUGUUGUGGAGUCUGACAGGCGUCACGUGACUAAAAGGGACGAUGUUGUGGAGUCUGACAGGCAUCACGUGACUAGAAGGGACGAUGUUGUGGAGUCUGACAGGCGUCACGUGACUAAAAGGGACGAUGUUGUGGAGUCUGACAGGCGUCACGUGACUAGAAGGGACGAUGUUGUGGAGUCUGACAGGUGUCACAUGAUUAGAAGGGACGAUGUUGUGGAGUGGGUGGUCUGGCAGGCAUUGUCACAUGACUAGAAGGGAUAAUGUUAGGGGGGGGGGUCGACAGGUAUCAUAUAACUUGAAGGGAAAAUAUUGGAGAGUCCGACGACUAUGACAUAACUGGAAAGGCAUUGAGGGUCUAACAGGCAAUGUCACAUGACUACUGGAAAGGACAAUGUGGAGGGGGUAUCACGUGCCUGGAAGAAACGGGGCAAAGACUGGCCAUGAGACCCACCCACCUGCUGCUCGUGGCGGAAGUUGUAAUGUGACACGUGGGCCAUCUCGGAAGUGAUCAGGAGACACGUGCUGAAAGAUAAACAUGAGCCCGGAGCUGAAGCGACGAAAGGUGGAGGAUGAGGAGGACCAUAAACUCCAGCUUUUCCUCCUGUGGUGCGAGAAAGUCGCCAUCCAGCUGAACCCAAAGGUGUACAUCAGCACACAGGGCACGGCCUGGCAGUAUGGGAUGCGGACACGUGAGGAUCUUCCUGCCGGUGAAGUGAUUUUCUCUCUUCCUCGUUCUGCCCUUCUGUCCCAGCACACGAGCAGGAUCCAGGAUCUCCUGAAGAAAGAACAGAACAACCUGCAAAGCAGAUCCGGUUGGGUUCCUCUUCUUCUCUCCCUCAUGUAUGAAGCCACAGAUAAGUGUUCUCCAUGGGCUCCAUACUUUGGACUGUGGCCCCAGCUGACUCCCCCUGACCUGCCCAUGUUCUGGUCUGAGGAUGAGAGGCUGCAGUUGCUGAAAGGCACUGGUGUGACCCAGGCUGUAAAAAAAGACCUGGAGAACAUGGAGCAGGAAUACAACACCAUUGUACUACCAUUCAUCAGGCAACAUCCCAACAUGUUUUGUCCUCAGAAGCACUGCCUGGAUUUGUACAAGAGGCUGGUGGCAUUUGUCAUGGCGUACAGCUUCCAGGAGCCAAUGGAGGAGGAUGAUGAUGAUGAUGAUGAUGAUAGUGAAAAGGACGUCCUCCCACCAAUGAUGGUUCCAGUGGCUGACUUACUGAACCACAUUGCACAUCACAACGCACACUUGGAGUUCACACCUGAAUGUUUGCGAAUGGUGACCACACGGCCUGUAAUGGCAGGAGAUGAGCUUUUCAACACUUAUGGGGAGAUGGGAAACUGGCAGCUUCUGCACAUGUACGGAUUCUCAGAGCCGCACCCCAACAACAUCAAUGAAACAGUUGAAAUUCCAAUGCAGACUCUUCAAGAGGCUGCCCUGCUAGGGGCAGCAUCGGAAGAGGAGAGGGGGCGGGUGCAGGAGCGCUGGGCUUUUCUUUCCCACAUGAAUAUGAUUGGGGAGGAAGGAGCUUUUGUAUUUGGCUGUGAAGGAGUACUGACAGAGGAUGAGCUGAGGACGUGUCUAAAGCUUCUGUGCAUGUCCCCUGAGGAGUUUGCAGAGUAUAAAGAUAAUGAAGGCUGGGAGGAAGAUGAUGAUGAGGAGGAGGAGACACUAAAUAAUCAGGAGAUCUCACGGCUACAACCUUCCUGGCGCAAACUCCUUCAUCGAGCUGCAGAACUUGCCCUCAAGGAAUACGCCAGUGACCUAUGUAGUGACAAGGCUCUUCUAGAUAAUAACGCUGUGUAUGCAAAGCUUAGCUUAAGGGAGAAGUAUUCUCUACAUGUGCGGUAUGGACAAAAGCGGAUAUUACACCAACUCUUGGAGCUGACCAGCAGCAGAUGACACACUGGAGAAGGAGAUGACAGUGGUGCCAUGGGGUACAAAGACUGAGGGCAGAUGAAUGCCCUGUGCUAUAGGAACACCUUAUUGUGCUGUAUGACAAGACCUGAUUAUACUGUAAGUUACAUCUGGAGGGUGGUGAUGCCACCUACUGUGUAAUAUAACUGAUAUCAGGAGUGGUGGAGUGACCUACUGCAGCCAGCAGUAAUAUUAUUGAUGCUAGAGAAGGAAGUUAAUAAUAAUUAAAUCAAACAAUAGUUAUAUUGAAUACUUUCCUUUGCAGGUAUGCAAGUCUUGUCCUUGUGUCACAGGGGGAGAUUCUAAAGUGUACUUUUAAAACAACUUAUGACUUGUCAUGUCUGAGGUUUUUCACUUUGGUGAAAAUUUAUCAAUGAAGGAACAGUGGCACAGUUGCCCAUAACAACCAGAUUACUUUAAUCUUUACAGGCCUCUUUAACCUCUUAAGGACGCAGGGCGUACCUGUAUGCCCUGUGCCUGAUGUUUAAAACUGUAUCACGCAGUGACCCCGCAUCACACCGGGUCGGUUCCGGCUGCUAUUGAUAGCCAGGACCCUGGG